AUGGGUUCCAUUUCAACUCCUAAUACGGAGGAAUUCGAUGUAGUUAUUGUCGGUGCCGGUCUUUCUGGCAUCAAUGCGGCUUAUAGAGUUCAAACCCAGCUUCCCGGCUAUACAUAUACCAUUAUCGAGGCUCGCAAUGCAAUAGGAGGUACCUGGGAUCUCUUCCGAUAUCCUGGAAUUCGAUCGGACUCCGAUCUACAUACGUUUGGAUUUCCAUGGCGCCCUUGGUUGGCAGCAAAGGCGAUUGCUGAUGGCGAUUCCAUUCGGAACUAUAUUCGGGAAUCAGCUGAGGAAUUUGGUAUCGAUAAGAAGAUUCAGUACAACACAAAAUUAGUCGCAGCAGAUUGGGGGUCUGAUGAGCAAAAAUGGUUCCUAUCUACAGAAAGUAAAAAUAAAGGAAGCUCGGGGAAAUUGAAGGCACGAUUUGUGGUUUUCUCAACUGGUUACUACGACUAUGACGAGCCUCUCAAAGCCAACAUUCCCAAUCUUGAGGCUUUCAAAGGACAGACAAUACAUCCUCAAUUUUGGCCGGAAGAUCUGGACUACACCGGCAAGAAGAUGGUCAUCAUUGGUUCUGGUGCUACAGCUAUUACAAUAUUUCCGGUCGCUGCGAAGAAAGCAGCAUCUGUCACAAUGGUUCAACGCUCACCGACAUACAUUCUAGCUCUGCCAGCCGAAGAUCCCACUGGUAAUCUGAUAAGACGAUUCUUCCCAGCUUGGGUAGCAAGUCGAAUCAUGCGCUGGAAAUACCUCAUCCAACCCUACAUCUUCUUCCAAUUUUGCAGAGCCUUUCCAAACGCCGCCCGAAAGAUAAUGCACAAACAAGCACAGCAAAAUCUCCCAAAGAACAUCCCACUCGACCCUCACUUCAAACCGCGCUACAAUCCCUGGGAACAACGUCUCUGCGUCUGUCCCGACGGCGACUUCUACACGGCGCUCAAAAACGGCAACACAGACAUCGUAACCGGCAACAUCAAAUCCGUCACCGAAACCGGUCUCAUCAUGGACUCCGGCAAGGAAAUCGACGCAGACAUCAUCAUCACGGCGACGGGUCUCAAAAUCAUGCUCGCGGGCGGCACAAAAAUAAGUAUCGACGGCAAACACGUAAAUCCAAACGAGAAAUUCCUCUGGAAAAACACCAUGAUCCAAGAUGUCCCCAACGCGGCCGUGAUCAUAGGAUACACAAACGCUUCGUGGACGCUUGGUUCAGACACUGCUGCUCUGCUGAUCUGUCGGAUUCUCAAACGCAUGGAGUCUAUGAACCUCACUUCCGCAACGCCAUCGCUCGGUCGCACGUCGUCGCCUUCGUCAAAUGGUUAUAUCACCGGCAGCGAGGAGAAAUUGAAAGUCAAUGGUAACAUCGAGGCGAGAGAUCCGCAGUGGGACGGUAUGAAGGAAAUGAAGUUGCUGGAUCUGAAUAGCACGUAUGUGGAGAAAGCAAAGGGAAUCCUGCCCAAGACUGGCGAUCGCGGACCGUGGCAGCCUCGAAGUAGUUAUUUCGCUGAUGCGUGGGGUUCGGUUUUUGGGAAUAUUACGAGGGGUGUGAGGUAUGAGGGGGGUGGAGGGAAGAAGGUUGUUUGA